AUGCCCGCCUCGACAUCCGCAGCAACCGCCUCUCCAGGCCCGGCAGACGCAGCAGAUCCACUCGCAGGCGUCGACCACAUCAUCGUCAUCGACAAUGGCGCACACAACAUCCGCAUCGCUUCCAUACCCUACCCCUUCCCCAUCGCCGCCUCAUCAACCUCUCGACUGGAUCCGACCGUACUCGCCCAAUCCAUCGCGGUGGAUGUCUUUCCCAACGCCAUUGCACGCACGCGCUCUCCGCACACCAUCUCCCCGCACGCCGCGUCGUCUUCACCCACCGCUCCCGCACCCGGCACCAAGACGAGCGUGUUCGUCUCAUCGCACAUCCACACGCUGCUGGAUGAUUACGCUGCGUUGCAUCUGCGCCUGCCGCACCAGAGCGGCGUCGUCGUCGACUGGGCCGCCCAAAAGACCAUCUGGGAUCAUGUACUCGCCAACCACCUCGCAAAGCUGCCCCAGCGUCCAAAAGCCAAGGGCAGGCUGUUGGCAGGAAAGGCGGUAUUGAUAGCGGAAACGUACCUCAACCUCGAACCGGCACAGCACGCCACAGAUCUGCUGCUCUUUGAGCAUUACGGCGCAAGUGCAGUAUGGAGGACUACCCCCGCUGCGCUCGUAGGGCUGGGCACCCCCGCGUUCGCAACCCCCAGCCCGGUUGACCCGCCGCAAGCAUCUUCCAGCGCCGAGAGAGCGGAAGUGGCAGCCUCGGGAUCCAAACGAUCUCGAUCUGCAAGAACAGAGGCGGUAGACAAGGAGCAAGCAGCUGGUCUGCCGCGCGUGCUUGCGCCCCGUCGGCCACAGAGCAUGCUGGUGCUCGACUUGGGCUACUCGUUCUGCCACGCCGUGCCCAUCGUCAACGGCCAGGUCGUCUACCCCGCCGUGCGCAGGCUCGAGCUCGGCGCCAAGAUGCUUAUCAACCUGCUCAAAGAGACGCUCUCCUUCCGCCAGCUCGACACCAUGGACGAGUCGUGGCUAGUCACCCACAUCUUCCGACACACCAGCUUCGUUGCCGCCGAGGUAGGCGCACGGUCUUACGGCGCGAACGACGACCACCUCGCCAGGAUCAGAGACACACCGGCGGCGCUGUGGACGUACAAUGAUCUCAUGCUGCUAGCGAAGCAGCGAGCCAGCAGCGGGGUGGCGGUUACAUGGAGGUUGCCGGACUAUGGCGGGACGACGCCAGGGGCUGGGGAGGCGCAGCGCGAUCGCGCGCGGUACGGGUACAUCGUCGACGGUCCCAAUCCUGCAAGCAAGGGUAGCCAGGAUGUGGAGUGGGAGUCGGCGUUUAUCGCGUCAGAGGGCUCGUCGGGUAGGCGGGAUCAUGCGGAAGAGCACGACGAGGUGCAGACGCUCGUGCUCGAGUCGGAGCGAUACAGCAUGCUGGAGCACCUCUUCAACCCUGCUGCGCUCGAGCUCGACCAGCAGGGGCUACCCGAGCUCGUUGCGAGUGCCAUCAGCGCCGUUGCGUCCUCAUCCCAAUCGCUGCGUGCGGCGGCGGACAUGAUGUGGGCGAACAUCGUGCUGGUGGGCGGACUAUCGGGUGCGGUCAACAUGCGACGCCGCCUGCAUGCCGAGCUCGCACCGCUUGCACCUGCCGAUGUGCCGCUGCACAUCGUUGUGCCUGAUGAUCCGCAGCGCGCGGCGGUGGAUGCGGGGGUGGUGCUGGCGUGUGAGAUCGCGGCGGAGCGUGCGGUGCGGGACGACGCAGACAAGCCGCGCAAGAAACGGCCGCGACUCAGCAGCGAUGCGAGGAGCCAGAGAUGGAUGACGUACGCCCAGUGGGCAGAGGUAGAUGGUGCUGCCAAUGCGCACUUUUACCCUCCAAGGGCGUGGGUUCACCAAUCAAGCGAUACAAAGUAG